UGCACAAAUAAUAUUUUGGUAAAUUAUGUCAAUCCUGUCUAGCCAGAUUUUUUUAAACAGUAGUUGUAUAUCCAAAGCUAAAAUCGAACAAGGAUUUAUUGCUAUUUGCUCUGCUAUUUUAAUUAUCUGGUUGUAUAUUUUGUGCUAAAUCAUUUCUAGAUUUCGUUUUUUUUUUGUUUUGUCAAACCCCCUAGGGGAUCAAGUAGUACAAACUGUACAGGUAACCGUCGCAAUAAAAUUUUUAUCACCUCACUGAGGCAGCAAACAAUUUUUGGCGCUUACCCUUGUGUUACACUAUUUCGUUUUAUCCUGGCAUUGCUUGGGUAGACAAAGUUAGAAUCUUCUUGAACCCUUGUAGAACAUAGCUCUAGAGGUAUCACCCAUAGUUCCUAACUUAAACAGUAUACCAAUAGUAAAAUCGCAUAACAGCACAAAGUCCUCACAUAUUAAAUACAUCAUCAGGACAAAUUAUUGGUCUGUUAAUUGGUGGCGUCUGGUUUAGUCAGCUAAAUCCAGGAAAUGAGGUGGGCGCUAAAUGUACACUAGUCGUGUGUAUCUUAGUCAUCACACAUCAUAUACAAAUGAGUGUGUGUGUUUGUGUGUCUGCGGUGGAGAGGUGGAAUGAUAAAAAUACGACCGCUCAAUGAAAAGGGAGACAAGUCAAAUGUGAGUUUGGGGGAAUGACGCUCAAGUUAUUUCUCCUUGUGACACGGUGACUAAAUCAUUUGAUCAUGGCAAGUCAUCGUGUAAUACUGAGCUCAAAGAUUAAGAAAGGAAAACCGCAAAAGAUUAAAGAACAGUUUAAUGUACUUACAGUGUACUUACGCUUUCCAUCUAUCCCUACUUAUACUGAUUUACUUCUAUAUAUUUCUUCCUUUUUCUUACUUUUCUUUCUUUCUUUUUAAAAUGGACACAGACAUUCACAUGAUACCUUGUGUUAUAUAUUGAGUGUAAACUGGUCGGAUCAGUGUAAAAAUUAACUGCAUCGACUUGUCCAGUUUUCCUGAUCUUGAUUAUCCUGUACUGAGGUUGAUAUCAUUUGUCUGGAUAGUUUGAAGGACAUUAACACCACAUUGUACACUAAGAGUUAGGAGGUAUUUUUAAUUUUCAAACACUGAUGAGCAAAAUAUUUGGGUUCGUCCAUGAAAUGACAAACUUUUGUCAUCAUUUCUCUUUCUUCUUUGUGCAUAGCCAUCUAUUCAGCGUUCUCGGUUGUAUUUUUCUGCUAGCUGUUAGUUUGCAAAUGUCAUCUGUUUGUAGUACUGGGGCAGAAAAAGAAUGUCUACACGUUUCGUGGCUAAUUGGUAAAAUCAUUAGUCUAGAAAAAAGGCAGCUGCAGACAGUUUUCUGAAGGUUAUGAUCUUCCCCAAGUACAAUUUUUGGUAUGAGAACGUUAAAUAUUGUAUUUUUAAGCUAUUUUAUCACAUUUUCCCACCAUAUAGUCUGUAAAGCUCCAUGUUAUUUGAUUGUGUCUUUAUCAUAUGGACCUACGAGAAAGAAAAAAAAACGAUUACAAAAGUAAACUUAGAAAUUCUAUCUCUUGAAAGGAAUAUUUCUGUUACUAAGGAACCAUUAAAAUCAUGUAAAAUCACAUUGUCCCAUAACCUUCUUUUUAAUACACCUGUAUAUUACAUGCCUAUAUAUGCCAUCAUAGCUUAGGGCAGUCCGGUGGCACAAUGGUUAGCAUCUGUCGGUGAAGGUUGGCUGUCCUGGGUUCAGAUCUGACCUGCCUUACCAUGCUAUGGACUUACAUGGUGGUUCGGCGUAAAAUCCAAUCUCCCAUCAUAGCUUGUUCUUGUAAAGUUCAAGAAACACGCUUGACGUAAAUAAAUACAACUGACUUGUCUUGGUCGCAAAAAGAUAUACACAGAGCUAAAUUAUACCUGACCCAUUACGAAUUUUUUUUUAUUCCAAGUGCGCGCACUGAUCGAUAUACUUCAUCUGCUGUGCUAUGUAACCAUGCCCAAACCUUACCCAUCACUACCUAUCAUUGUCACCGACCCUUAUGGUCGACCAGCCUUAAUUGGAUUGUAGACAUUUCUUUCUUUCUUUUUCAAAACGGACACAGACAUUCACAUGAUACCUUGUGUUCUACAUUGACACUAAACUGGUCGGAUCAGUGUAAAAAUUAACCACAUCGACUUGUCCAGUUUUCCUUAUAUCUUGAUUAUCCUGUACUGAGGUUGAUAUCAUUUGUCUGAUCACCCCCUUAAUUGGACUGUAGACAUUUAAAAUUAUAUUAUUUCAAAAAGUAAAUACUUUUACGUAAAAAAGGUUAAGUAGAAAAGCAGAUAAAGAAAAUACCAAAGGGAAAGCUUGUCCUCUUUACACUGAAAGUAGUCCCCGGAUGUCUGUUCGGCAAAUGGUCCUUGAACUUUACCGGCCUGCGAGUGCAAGGCGCACUGAAAAGAAAUAUAUCAUGAAUUUGUCACGCAUAGUCAUCUUGUUAUUGGGCUUCUGCACAUCAGUUGACCUCCUUGGAAUAGAGACUAUUUGUCCAACACUCAUAAAUGGGGACAAUAGUGUCAUAUGCAAAAUCAAUAGAACAGCUGUAGAGGUUGCACAAUGUGAGUCAGUGCAAGAUUAUGUGACCCUGGAAAAGACAAAACCUUCACGAAGAAACCCACUAGUAAUAGGUUUUACAAAAAGUUUUAUUCCAUCAGACUGUAGAUCUCGUCAAAAUCCCGUCCCAGAUGGAUGCUGGUGCAAUGAAUAUAAUAGAGAAAUCUUUGAAUAUAAGUGUGCCUUUGUGGCCAGUUUGAUUGAAGAUACUAGUGCACAAGUUGAAUGUAAAAUCUGCAAUUCACCAAAGAAUGCUUUUGAAGUAAAAGUGAAUGAUAACUGCAGAAGUAUGCGUUUCGAUAAUGGUGGUAAUGGCAAUGCUGAUUACAGCUCAGAAAUACUUGUUUUUGCAAGCAUCUUGGGCUUUCUAAUCUCAGUGCCUGCACUCUGUGAAAGAAUCUUCCUAUGACAAAGAAACUAUGCAUGCUUCCUGUAGCCAUCACUCCUGUAAAAAAGCCAUUUAGGACACUUUAUGACAUGCUAAUUAUACUACUGCUGUGAAAGGAAUGUCUUAGUGAUGUCAUCUUCUGGGGCACAAGGUAACAAAUUCAGUCUAUUCGUUUAAAUAUGCCUGAAGGAUUUUCCUACUCGUUCUUUCUUCUCACCAAAAGAUAUAAAAGACAUAUUUUUCAAACUUUGACUUAAAGUUAUUGUAACGAUAAUACAGCAUUGUGAAAUAUGAAACUAUGCUAUAGAAGUGAACAAAAAGAAAUUCACAUAUUUUUACUAAAUACUCUUUUAAAACGGACUCUGUUGGAAAUCGUUUUGAUACUAUAAAGUGUACGUAAUGUUAGCAGUUGUAAAAUUCAUGCCACUAAGCACACUCUUUGCACAUCAGUUGUUUUCUAUCAUUUAUGCCCAAUAUUAAUGACAAUUUUUGUUUUUAAAAUGCAAAAUAUUUGUCUUAAGAAAAGCACAACAAUAUUUUUACAAAACUGAAAAUGUACCUAUUACUUUUAUUUUCACUGUAUGAAUAAUAACGUUAUGUAUACAAACAUUGCCAGUUGAUGUAUAUGCUUUAAUUGUACUAUAAACAUUUCUUGGGACUUUAAAAGUUGUGCAGCUUUAGAAAUUUAUAUUAAAUUAAAAUGCAUUACUUAGAAAUAUAACCAUACUGACAGAAGAGGGCAUUUGAAAAUAUAUUGCUGCAAUGCAUCCGUUUGCCUCUCUUUAUUUACUUAUUGAAGGGUUACAUAUUUAUUUGUUUGUUUGUUUUUUUGAUUGCAUAUAUAUGAACCACCUCUUUAUCACACUAUAGGUGCACCAAGAUAUUUUUAGAAGAUAUUUUACUAUUUUUUUAUGAUAACUCAGUCAGUACUUACCUCUAUUUUUACUCAUGCUGCAUCAUGCUACUUUACCUUGGCAGUAACGAUUGAUCUAGUCAAUCAGUCAAAACCUACCUAAAUCAUCCUCUUUAUUUUGAGGAUCACAAAUGGUUGAUGUACACUUUAAGCAUAUUACAUAACUUAUUUGCUUCUAUGGUUCUCUGUUUAGGACUUUUCCAAAAGUGGUUAUGAAAUGUGUCAAAUUGUUUCCCUACUUAGUAUGUCUCACUUAGGCCAGGAGAAAAGAGGUUCGUAACUUAAGUUAGUAGCUGAAUAGUUACAUAUUUUUAGGUUAAACUGUACAAGUCAAAAUCACAAGUGUGCCUUACCUUGUUUGAGACUGUGAUAGUCAUCUCUGUUACACGUGGAAGAAUGUCAGAUUUUGAUCAGCCAUUUCUGUACUUUGUUCAGUUUCUUCUCACUUUAUGUAAUAAAUUAAGAUGCCAUGUACUUUUAUUGUAAUCAAUAAAACAGUAUAUGCAAUAUUUAGUUGUUUACACCUGUUUUAAUGGAGCUUUCCUUUUUAAUCCUAUAAAUGUGGAUAGAAAUUAAUUGUAAAGGGCAAAAAGUUAGCUUUUUUAUAAUUUAUGUUGAGAAGUUUGUUCAGGAAAGCUCAUUUGAGAAAGUAUUGGUUUUAUUACCAGUACUGCUUCCCACUAGCUGUUAUGGAAAGGAUCUAUGUUCAUCCCACAGUAUAUCAUCUUUGUUAAAUAAGUUGAGCUGUUUUAGUCUGCUGAUUACAAUCAUCAUAGUACGAUUUUAUCAUCAUGACAAUACAUGUGUACAGGGCGUAUGAAAUUGUUUGCUACACAUUUUAAAAGGUGAUAAUUGAGGUUAGUGUAACAGACAUUAAUUGUGAUAAAAAGUGCUUUGUGUUUGACAUUGUAUGUUAUAAGCAUUGCUUUUUUGUGCCUAGAAGAUAUAUUCUUACAAAAAAAUAUUUUAAAAGGGACUUUAAAAUAUAAUGCUGGUUAAAAAUAACUCUGUUGUGUCUUGUUUGGAUUGUCUUAUACAGUGUAAAAUUUUAUUUUAAUGUGAUGUUUGAAAAGUGAACAUUCUCCUUUUUUCAACCUGUUAAUCCUUUUACAAUCUUCGAAAUAGUUUUCUGAUGGCAUUGGAAUUUAUACGCUUUUGUAUCAAAAAUAAAAAUGGAUGAUGUAUGCAUAAA